AUGGCUGAUGCCGGCAAGAAAACCAACCUCGACCAGGAGGCUACACCCGGAAGGAACGACCAGGAGGAUGAAGGCGUCGGAGCAUGGGGGGACAUCUUGCUCGUUGCUGCCGUCAGCUCUCUCGCUGCCGUCGCCACCUUCGAGAACGCCCUUGACGCCGAUUUCGUGUUCGAUGACAAUGGCGCGAUCGUUGAGAACGAGGACGUCGUCUCACGGGGGAGCAUCGGAGACAAGGUCUCGAACAUGUUCCAGCACGACUUCUGGGGGAGGCCGAUGCCAGUGAGCGCGCACAAGGCCGGUGGACGGCUGGACAGGAGAGGUACCAUAGGAGGUGGGCAGGUUGCCUUCAGCUCUGUGGGUAUUCCCCAGAUCAAGUGGCAAGCUCCCGCUCUUGGUGACGAGGAGUAUGAUCGCGCCGAUCCUGACAUGGUCAAGGCGGUCGGGACAUUGUUUGCUACCCACCCGGUGCAUUGCGAGGCUGUCGUCGGUCUGGUAGGGCGAGCAGACUUGCUGUCUGCCUUAUUCUACCUCCUGUCUCUCCUGCUCUACUUUCCUGCAUCUGUCAGCGGCCAUGUCGGCCGAGGUCGAGCAGCAGGAUGCUUUAUUCUUGCGCUGGCCAUGGUUGCGCUAUCCCUCCUUUGCAAGGAGACAGGGAUUACUGCUCUUGCGGAACCGGGGAGACGAUGUGCGGGAUGGUAUAUGCUGCGUCUCAGCAUUCUGACAGCCUUCGGUUCCUUGCUCUUGUUGUUGCGAAUCCGAAUCAUGCAUGGAUCGCCAACCUUCACAGCCGAGAACAAUCCUGCAGCGUUCGUAGAGGAAGCCCUCUACCGAUGGUUGUCCUACUGGCAGUACUACGUCGUCAACGCUCGACUGCUCCUGUUUCCCCGUUGGCUGUGCUGUGACUGGAGCAUGGGUUGCAUUAGGACAGUCAAAGACCUGCGGGACCCUCGGAACGUUUACUCUCUCGCCCUCCUACUCUUCAUCGCAACCUUGCUGGGUCAGGAUGCGUCCUCGCUUGUCCCCGUUCACAACCCGCGCAUGCCUGUGUUCCUUCAAGACAGCCAGUCAGCGCACCGUGACGUCUUCGAUCGUCCUGCUGAUUGGUCGAAAACGAGCGUCUCACCUCCCGUUGAACUGACUCAAAGGCAGUUCCUUUCAUCCCCGCCUCCAACCUCUUUUUCACCGUUGGGUUCGCAGUCGCAGGAUCACCCAGAGCGCAUCAUGUACCUGCCCUCCGCUGGUUUCUGCUGCCUGGCCGCAGCCCUGCUCACUCCUUCCUCUCCAGCCCUCGGACAAGUCGCGAUCUCCCUCCUGGGGCUCGUCGGUUCCGCCAUGGCGUACGCAGCGAGGGCGAGGAACUUGGACUGGAUGUCGUCGGACAGGAUCUUCGAGUCAGGGAUCAGGGUCUGCCCUGACAAUGCAAAACUUCACUACAACCUGGCUCAUGUCACUUGCAAAGGAGUGGCAGAGGGGAGCAAGAAAGCUUCGGAGUAUGAGAGGUGCAGGAGCUUGUAUGAGAAAGCUGUCUCUUUGGCUCCAAACUUCGGAGAGGCUCUCGGGUCCCUCGCAACCUUCUACGAGGAGACCGAUGUCAAGAAGUCAGUGGAGUUCCUGCAACAAGCUGUCAAGGUCAACCCCUACAGCAAGAGGGCUCACAAGAACCUUGGUGAUCUGCUGGCUAGGAAGGAGCUGAGCAUUCAAGGGGCAAUCGUGCACUACGAGAAUGCGAUCAGGAUUGACCCUCAGUAUGCUGACGCGUACAACAACCUCGGCAACAGUACCCGCACGUCUGUUCUAGGAGGAAGAACUCACUUGUCCUGCACAGCUCUGCUGGCGUUGGGAGACAUGGAGAGGGUGGAACGGCAUUAUCGCAUCGCGCUGCUCCUGGAUCCUUCUCACCCCAACGCAAGGCUCAACAUCGAGACGUUUUUCUCUCAGGCACUGACGGAUUGA